AUUGACUCACGCUCGCAUAUACUCAGUAACAUCAACUUCAACUUGGGUUUAGGGUUCUUAAUAAUCAAUCUCUUGUCUUCAAAUAGAAUAGGGUUUUCUUUUUUUCUUUCUUUUUUUUUUCUCUUCUGAUGCCAUGUCUUCAAUUACCGCAACGCCUCUUACACGUUACAACUCUCUCCCUUCAACCUCAACUUCUCCUUCUCCUUCUCCAUACCCGUACUUGCCCCCACGCGCCACAGCUCCCUCCAAUUUCGCCACGCGCCGCCCUUGGGAGGAACUCUUCGCCCUCCACUCCUUCACGCGCCCCUACUCCUUCGGCGAAGCCGCCCUCCGCAUCAAGCGAAACCUCAACCACUUCCGCGUCAACUACGCCAUCAUCGUUCUCUUCAUCCUCUUCCUCAGCCUCCUCUGGCACCCAAUCUCCCUCAUCGUCUUCAUCGCCGUCUCCGCCGCCUGGUUCUUCCUCUACUUCUUCCGCGACAGCCCCGUCGUCGUGUUCUCCCGCACCAUCGACGACCGCCUCGUGCUGGCUGCGCUCGCGGUGGUGACCGUGGUGGCUCUCGUGCUCACCGGCGUCUGGUUGAACGUGUUGGUCUCUGUUCUCGUUGGGGUUGCGGUGGUUUGGUUGCACGCUGCUUUUCGGAGCACCGAGGAUUUGUACGUGGAUGAGCAAGAGAAUUUCGAUGGAGGGUUGCUUUCUUUUGUUAGUGGUGGUGGUAGCCCCCCAAAGAAAACAGGGUACACUAGAAUAUAACAUAGGUGUCCUAAUUCCCAUGCGGUCAAGCUGCUCAAAGACCGAAGCUGGAAGAGUAUAUGGAUAUAGGCUGGGAAAACAAAAAACAAUGGAAUGGGAUGAUGAUAUUAGGAUGUAAAUUCUAUCUUGUUAAAUAGAUAACAGUUUUGAAUAUGGAUGUAAAUAAUUUUGACUUUUGAAUAUAAUCACUAA